UCUGUCUUGUCUUUCAAAGCAAAAUUAACAAAGAUAGCUUUGCCUUUAGCUACGAAAAACUAGUCACGGUUCCCUUUGAAAUCAUAAAUUUUUUGGAUGUUUAAAUUAAGAAAUCCCUAAAAAAGAAAUCUCCAAAUAUGUCUAGCAUUAAGAAUGGCCAGUUUUAUGUGCUCAUUUCGUCGAGCAACAAAUCCAGAAAGCUGCUGAGAGUUUUCCAAACCUUGACCACGAAUCGUAUUUUAGCUGCUGCGGAAGAGUUUGGUAUCUUUGGCAGAUACUUGGUCAGUGCUGAGGAUAAUGUCAUCAUAGCCGAUGCCCUGGCCCUCCAGCAUUUUAUACAGCAAGGACACACCAUUAUGGUGGUCGAUACACUGGAAGAUCAUAUGGUCAGGUUCAUUAAGCUGGAGGAAAUCGGUGAAAGUGAGACCGAUGAGGAGGUGGCCAUGCCUCUGGAAACCAAAGAGGAGCAGUUGCUGCACCUUAAACAUAUCUCGACGCAGCUGGGCGAUGUCGAGAGCUCCCUCAAUGAGUUUAUCCAUCACUUUGGUCCUGCUAGGGAUAAGAUGAAGCUAUUCCAAUCAUCCAGCUAAAUUUUAUAUAUAUUUGUUUUCCAAAAGA